AGUUCUAGCUCGAGCAUAAUGCUGUCCACACCCGGCUAAAAAGGGCUCUGGAGACUAAUGUAAGACCCUUUCUUGGCUAGUGUGGGGACACUCAACGAACUUGAGCAUCUUCCUUUCCUUAUUGCCACGAGCUCUUAUUUGGAUGUGGAAACCGUGCCGAGAAAGAGUAGUGAAUAUGGUGUGAGCGAGUAAACCGAGUGUGAAGAGGCUACCAGACAGUGGUGGUCUGAUUUCUCCAUCCCAAAGAAAGCACUCCAAGCACAGAGGACAUACAUCUAGGCCUCUUCAGAUUCCUUUUUCUCUCCGGAUGGGUAUGGGUCAUUGAGAUCUCGACAGCCUUGCUUGGAAUGGGGUUCCCCAGGAUCAUCGUCGUCAUGUCGGCCCUUCAUGUUGAUUUAUUGGAUCAACAAGACGUCGUCCUCAGUCCAGAAUGGGGAACGGUUCCCCGGAUGAGCUCGCUUCUGAAUCUCGUCGGCCCAAUUUUGAUGCCUCAACAAUCGACCACCAAGGAGUAUUCAGACGAGCCGCAAAGUCUUCAAACCCCGCCACCUAACCAACCACAAACCAUCAGGAUGAUGGGAGGAUUGUCUUCCUGAAAUCCAGACAAAUAUCCAACCAACCGCCGGCCGAGGCACUCAAUUCCUUGGGCCCAAGAAGCGGACCUGACACGUCUUUAAUCCCAAAUCCCAAGUGGGCACCACCCUCUUCUACACCCACGUAAGGCAGACAGAGAAGACGCCCUAAAAAUCCUGCCAAACUUAACUGUUUAUCUUGAACUUACCUCCCUUCCUACCAACCUACCUACCCAAGCUCAUCAUUUGAAUCCGUGGUUCCACAUUUCCAUGCAACGUCGCUCUCACGAGACCAUCUGGCAUGGUUAAACUCCUCCUUCCCCCCCUCUUCAUUUCUACGAGUUUAGCUCAUCCGGAAUAGGGUUUUACUCUUCCCAAUCGGUUCAUUGUAUUAUUCCGAGCUGAUAGCAUUCUUAAGAAGAGCCUUUGCAUGUAGGAAACACCACGAAGUAAGAGGAACGAGGCAGAAGACCACGAAAGAGGAAGACGACGACGACGCGACAAAGACGACCAAAAAACGGACUCGUGAAGACAGGGAAAGGAAUUCCACCUUAUUAUUUCUUUUGUGCCUCUCGCUCACCUUUCUCGAGGCUUUGACAUCAUCAAAGAGAAAAAGACGAAAGAAAGAACGACGGAGGGACGAAGGGACGAAGGAAAGAAAGAAGAAAGAAAGAAUCAUUUUCUCCUGGGUCUCCCCUCCCAUUCUUGGACCUGACACAAUAUUGCUGUACUAAUACACCCCGAAUACAGGCGGGCUCUUCCCAAGCAACACACCUACCACCAGCCCAAGAACAAGACAAAGAUGAUUGAAAAAAUGAACUGCUUUGUUUGUAAUCUCCCCAUUCUGAGCCAUCAAGUGGGUCUGGUGUGGCAAGGCGGAAAUGGCGUGGACGAUCUACUCCGGGAACAAAUGGAGAUGGACAUCAUCCGUGGUCGCCUUGGGUGUGUCUCGGCCGGUCGAAGGGAUUCGUCAUCUCAAAUUACCACCAUUGAGACCACGCUUGACGAUUUUGGUGCUCCACCUAGUGCCAGUGUGACCAAAAGAAGACGCUCCUCCCUGGCUCAACUGACGGACUUGCUCAAAGAGCUGGGAUCUGGCAGCAAGGACAAGUCCAGACAUGGAUCUGGCCCAGGUCAAAGAGGAAAAUUGGGCGAAAUGGGCAAAAGCUUUGGGGGAGUGGGCUGCACCGGGGCGGCUAUUGGAGGCGGUCCUGGGCGGAGAACAAGUCGGAACGCAGACGCCACCGACUUCAUGUCCAAAGUACGGAAACGCAGAGAAUCUUCCGCAGACAUCACCAUCUUUCGUAAAGGCUCUGGCUCCGGGUGUACUCCUAUUGGAGAUAUUUCCAAGCUCUUAUCCGGUCACCGAGGAGGCUUCGGACAUAAUUCCACGGUGGCUGCCGAGGGUCGGAUGUCGGUGACGAGCAGUGCCGACGAAUCCUCUUCCAGAAGAAGUUCCACGGAGAUACAGCAAAUUUUUGCGGAUAAAAAGUCUUCAGGUCCUCUGAAGAUGUUCAAGAGGAGGGAAUCCAGAGGCAGGCUUUCUCCCAUGUCGCCAGAAAGCGACUCUGGAGGGACUGUGACCUCAUCGUCUACUGGUACUUCCACCGUCACCACCAAUACCCAAGGUACAUCAAUGAGCAAUCCGCCCACGUGUCUCGUCCGAAUGCCCUCAUCACCAGGUCCAUCGGGACCAAACAUGGCCACAACAGAGGGGUUCUUUUCGUCCACUUCAAUUGACUCGGAAACCCAAUUGGCCUACGGAUCCGGAGGAGACUCCAGUCGGAGAAACAGCCUGAAGCCGAAUGUUUCUACUGAUAGUGGCACGUCGGUUGGUGGCACCAGCGUCAAUUUCCCAGGGUCAACCGCGAACCAACAGCUCUCUCCCACGGGAUAUCGCCGAACAGGGUUGAGGCGUCAGUCCACCGCUUACGAAGAGGGCUUGCCCAUCAAAUCAGUCUCGUCCAGCCCCGCCUUGCCUUAUCGUCGACCCCUUGACGAGGUGGAAGAGAUCUUUGAAGAGGUCGAGGAAUUUGACGGCACCACGGCCGAUACCCACCUCCUGGAGGGUACCGGCCAUGAUUUUGUCGUGGUUAGAAUGAUUGGCUCCAAGAACCCGGAAGCCUUAAUGCGGGGCAAAUUUAUAGAAGAGGAAGAAGAGGAUGGCGACAAUCUGAAUUUGCCAACGAGACCUAAUUUGAAGAAAUGGCGUCUAAACCGAGCGGGCAGUUCUGGUCGGCGAGGUUCGAGGCCCUUUCUCUCGCCUGAAGUCAGUCAAGAUCCUUCCGAUGGAAGUGGUGGCAGUUCAUUGGGCCCUAGAAGCAGUAAAAGUGGCUCCGGAAGACGGGACUCGCUAUCACCAGAUUACUCUUCCGCUACCGAUGACGGUCCAUACCGAACGCCCGCCAGGCGCGAUUCUCGCCCUCUUUUAUCGCCGGAACCUGACCUGAUGUCCCAUUCUCGAGAUGGAUCCCCAAGGCAAAAAGGAUCAAUGAUUCGAAGACGAUCGUCUGGCCUGAGCGAGGACUGUGGUGGGAAGUCUCGUUUAAAAACCAAGCCUUAUCCGUCCGGGGACAGUUCCAGUGCUCAAAGCUCUCGAGAUCACUCACCCAAAGAUCCCGAUGCUCGACAUCCGGGCAACCCCAAUCGGUUUACCAUUCGAAGACAGUCGACAACAGAAGAAAUUCUCAUUGCUCGAGGAUUUCGCCGGGAAUCUACCACAGAGGACAUAAUGAGAUGCAGAAACUUUCGCAGGCAAUCCUCUCAAAUGGAUAACAUUGGCAGAACCCGAGGCAGAAGAGACUCUUGCACUCAGAUCACGGAUGGACAACUGGAAACCAUGACGAUUGAAUCGGAGAAGGCUUAUUCGGAUUCGGUGGCUCAGACAGACGAAGGCCGGAGUGUCUCUCCUGCCCGGAAUUCUCGGGCCGGAUCCAUGUGCUCGGGUCCUGGCCUGCUCCAAGGCCAGUUCUCCGAAGGUGGAGAGUCUGGUCGGGACCAGGAGGGCGAUCAGGAUGAGGAGACGCCAAGCCUCUACGAGAACAAUCAUUACCAUGAGGAGUGCUUGAAGUGCAACAGUUGCGGCAUGAACCUCUCCGGCCCCAAUCAGAAGCGAGCUCGGCGGUUCAAAAACCAGAUCCUAUGCGACCUUCACUUUGCCGAUAUGGCUUUAAUGGAGAGUUCGGAUUUCAUGCAACAAUUGCGCGGAUUCAAACCUCAGAGCUUGGGAUGCGCUGUAGCCCGACGGAAAAGCUCCACUACGCUUAUUUUCCCAUUGCCACCGCAAGCUUGUUCAGAUGAAUUUUGCGAUGGCUACCCUCACAACCUGAUUCCGACGCCCGGUUAUUGGAUAGAAUGUUCUCGGGCCAUUUCUAACCAAGGCAGUGCGUGGACCAAUGAAGACCGUGAUCUCCAUGAGAUUGAUGAAGGCAUCACUGACUCUCCGGAUGGCUCGCUCCGGGAUGGUUCUGUGAUCACCGAAUGUGAUGAAAAGGAUUCUUCCAAUCUGCCCAGGAUUCGGGAACCCAAGCGUAAAAAGACCCCAGUAGAGGAGCAAUGGGAAAAAUACGGCCAAUUUGGUCUCACCUCCGUGGAACAAGAAACCCAUGAAAAGUACUUUUACGGAACCGAACACUGGAACUAUUUCACCAAUGAUGAGGACCUCGGUCCGGUGAUUCUCAGUCUGAAGCAGGAAAACAUCAAUGGACGAGAUCAAUUCAGAGUCCUGGUGCGGGCGGUCAGUUAUACCAUCCACGGCCUGAUUCCGGCCAGUUGUGUGUUUGCCGAUCGUUACAAUCGUGAGGAGGUGGUGGCCUCCCUUGGGCGUGAAAUCAAUCUCAAUCCCCCAUUGACUUUGGGACAGCUUCCUGAUACCUCGGAAGAAUUACUCAAACUGGACCAGGUUUUCAUCAAGUCGGAAUUGAAAGUAGGCGUGAUCUACGUGAAGGAAAACCAAUACUCGGAAGAGGAAAUCCUGGGCAAUAACGAGCAUAGCGAAAACUUCGACGAGUUCCUCACCAUUUUGGGCGAGAAGGUCCGACUCAAAGGAUUUGAUCGCUACAAAGGCGGUUUGGACACGGUUCACGAUUUGACUGGUCACCACUCGGUGUUCACCCAUUGGCGAAGCAUUGAAGUCAUGUUCCACGUCUCCACACUCCUUCCAUACGAGCAGAAUGAUCCACAAAAGUUGCAAAGAAAACGCCACAUUGGGAACGACAUCGUGUGUGUGGUAUUUCUGGAAGCGGAUAACACUCAAUUCUCGCCCUCUUGCAUCAAAAGUCAUUUUCUUCACACCUUCAUUGUUGUCAGAUGUAGUCCCAAGAUCAAGUUCAAGCCACCCAGAUAUGAGGUGUCCGUGGUGACGAGGGAUGAGGUGGGAGCUUAUAAGCCCUAUUUGUGGGAACAAUCUACUUUUAACAAAGGACCAAUGUUCAGAGAAUGGAUGCUGACAAAGAUUGUCAAUGCCGAGCGGGCCUCGUAUUCAGCCCCGAAAUUCGCGCGAAUGCAGGAGCGAACUCGGAGUCAAAUGUUGGAGGAUCUGGUGGCCAAUCUUCAGAACCAUGCGGAGACGGGACAGAUCCCCAAGCCUUACAGACGUGGAUCCUGGCGGCCCAUCGGCCAUAUGCGACCUUCGAGUCCCCUUCUGGACUCUGUGCGAGAUCUGUUUGAAGGUCAAGACCAAAUGGCCAAGGACUUCGCCAAAGCCUUCUUCCUGCCACCCCGAGGAGGGGAGCCAAGUCCGAAUCUGUUUGAUAUCACAUUCCUUGUUGGCCAGGGCAAGAACAAAAGCAAACUCUACGGAGUUCGAGCCAUUUUGGGCGUGAGGAGUAGGGUGUUCCAAGAGAUCUUGUACGGGAUCUCGACGGGCUUCGGAUCGCCGCAAGUCCCCGUGGCUGAGCUUCUAGCGCGUGCGGUUCCAUCGCUCCAUGGAACUGGAGGCCCACAAGGGUCCUCGAAGGGCAAGAGUAGCAAUUUCUUGCAAGUGCCCGAGAUUGAAGGACCAAGGCCCAAGUCCGUUCCCAACUCACCGAGUAUUCCUCGAGCCUUCACCAAUCUGAGGAAUCAGCUCUCGACUGCCUGGAGCAGUCACACCACCAAGAAGAAACAAGACCAACAACGGCUUACCAAUGAUGACAAAAAGAAAUGGGCUAGCUCCCAUGAUUGCAGUAAAGAGCCCAGAGAGUCCAACAAAGGGGACUCGAGCAAUAUACCACAGUUAUCUGUGCCACGAUUGAGCGUCUGUGCUGAUGCUCAAAAAGUGGACCGAUCCAAACUGGCCCAGACUGAGUUUCCCAUCAUUGAGUUUGACGGCGAGACUUUCCGAAUCCUUUUGACGUAUCUUCACACGGGUUCCUGUCCUCUAUCGUGUCUGAAUAUCCCCGGUCUCAUUUGUUCAGCCGAACAUUACGAUUUACCUGAAUUACUCCAAGCUUGCUUUCACCAUGCCAAACAAUUUAUUAGGGUCAAUGUGUGUUGUCAAAUGUUGUGUGCCCUGGAAAAUUACUAUUGGCGCUAUACAUCCGCCUCAGAAUUGGUCAACAUGAUCCUUGCUUUCAUUGAAACCAGAUCCUUGGCCGUGUUCCAAGACGAGCAUUUUCUACAGCUCUCGGAAUCUAUGGUCCAAAUGAUCAUGAAUCGUAAUCUCGAGGUCUCGGAACUGGCCAAGUUUGAGACAAUGUUGAAGUGGGCCAGACAUCGCGUUCAUAGCAAGUCGUUCACGAGUGUGGUGGAUGCCCGGAUUGAGUUUCGAUGCUGCAUGGAUCGAUUGACUCGUGACCUCAAGCUGUAUCGAAUUGCUCCACAAGACCUGAUCAAGAUCGUGUUGCCCAGCAAAGCCAUCCGGAAUGACAAGAUAUUGGACACCCUGACAGUUCAAGCCACUUCUGGCAUGUACAGGGUUCAAGAUAGCUACCUCGAGGCCUGUCAAAGGCUCCAAAGACAAGAAUCCAGGGUUAGUGAGUGGGAGUCGUUUGACUAUGCAUUUGGAUGAACGACGAGUCUCUUGCCACGCCAAAAGUGGUGAGCAUGCACAGAUGAGCAAGCAACCCAACAACCAACCCAAAUCGUACUACUACAAUAGAAACCUUCUACAAAUAUUCGCAUACGCUUACUAAAUGUGCCAUUAUUAAUUGUUAAGAAUUACAUACACCAGAAAACUAUUUACUAGAGAUCAUGUUUGUGGAUCGUUACUCAGAGGGUAUUGAUUGAUUGAUUGAUAGAUGGAUGGAUUUAUUGAACCAUUGUGACAUUACAAUUCUCCGAAGAAGCUGGUUGAUUGUUUGCAAAGCAAAGAAACCCUCAAACCCACCCAUUCAUCCAUCACCAAAUUGGUUGUUGUUGGCUCUGUAUUCAAUUCUAUGGUCGUUCUCAUCAAAAGAAAACAUCAAACGUUGCUUUCAAUUUUUUAGCAAUUCACAGGAUGCAACCCAGAUGAUUUUUCGUUUUCUUCUUCGAUCCACAACUUUUAUGAUAUUGUUCCAGUUUCAUUUUUGUACCCAAAUGACUGUGAUGUUAAUCCUAAUUGGCCAACUUUUCCCCUGCAAUCUCCAGAGAACAUGGAAAUCCAUGAUUGUUUUGUCUGAAUUGUCAAUGUUGUGUACCUUCUGUCACAGAAAUAUAUAAACUGUUCCAAAAAA